AUGUCAACUGAAAAGAAUCGCUGUCAACAUGAUUCAAGUAAAUGUGUUGAUUGGACAAUAACUCGACGUAGUGAUUAUAAACCAGGACCAAAUGAAUCGGCUGGUUCUCAUUAUUCAACUACACGAACUUUUAAUGCUACAGAAAAAAGCUCAAAAACAAAUGAUAAACAGAAUAUAUCAGAAUCAGCGAUAAAAUCAACAAUGAAAACAAAUAAAAAUUUAGCAUCAUCAACACGUAAUUCUGUUUCAAAUAAAUCCAAAUCGAUCUAA